CCCGCACUGUAUCCCAGAGGGCCCCACGGCGCCUGUGUUCUUGUAAGCGCGGCGGCCAGGGAAGGAAGGUCGUGAAGGAGAAAGAAGCCCUCAGUCGCGCGCAGAACCCGUUUCCCGCUCCGGCGCCAUGUUGGGUGCCACCGUCCGCCGCUUCGCUACCUCCGCCAUUCGCAGAUCCCACUAUGAGGAGGGGCCGGGAAAGAACAUUCCAUUUUCUGUAGAAAACAAAUGGCGGCUACUUGGAUUAAUGGUAGUGUUCUUCGGAAGUGGGUUUGCCACUCCUUUCCUUAUAGUAAGGCACCAACUGCUCAAGAAAUGAAGAGGACAAGUUUUAAUUCCUAUAAAAAGCCCAGGAGAUGGACAUUAGCAGCUGUCUGGAACAAUACAACAUUGCAUUUAAAUAUAUUUAAAAUAAUAGUAUUUGAUGAACUUAAUGAGAAUUGCUUUUCCAUUUUCUGUUUAAAUAUUCCAUGAGUAGUUAAGUACUUUUCUUACUUACUUACCUUUUUAAUUAGUUAUGUAGAGAGCAUGGAAGAACAAACAGCACUUUGAAAAAUGUCACAGUAUAUAAAUAGCACUUCUGAGAACAUUACUAAAGUUCUAGUGAACUGCAAAACCAACAAAUUAGUGGUGAACUGUGAAGAUGCAGACAAGAGAAGAACAUGUAAAAAUCAAGGCAAAAGGACAAUCAAAUUACUUCUGUAAAGAACUGCAAUGUUGCAGUUCAUGAAAUUUUAUCAUGACUUUAUUGCGAGUCUGAAUAUUUUUCGUAGAACCUCAGCUCCUGUCACUAAAUUAUUUUGUGAGAAUCUCAGUUUUCUCUUUUUCACUUUAGCCCACUUGGUUGUGAAGAAAAGCUUGAAAGUGUGAUCUGAGUGAGGCUCAGAAAAUUAAAAAGAACUCCAAGUUGUUUUUUUUUUUAAAGUAUGAUUUUUCAAGCCCAUAAUCUCAUGAUUUUUUUGAGGCUUUAAUGAUUUCUGAAUGCUUGAGGUUGGCAUAUUGGAACUGUAAACCUCACGAGAAAUAGCACUAGUCUCACUUCAUCUCUCUGGACCCAAUGAAUUUCUUUGAUGACAAAAGGAAGUAUCUCAUCAGAAGUGAAGGAAAAACAUGGCAGCCACGGGUCAGCUGUAUUAUUAACCAUUGAUAUUUGAUAAAUUGGGGAUUGUGUUUAACUAAAACCUCCAGACUUUGCAUGUAAAUAGUUCUCAUUGAGGAGGAGGCUGUAUAUAUGUGUGGAAAGUAAAUAUAAAAUAGUUAUUAAAAUGAAUGACAAAUCACUGCUGAGUAUGCUGAGAGGGGCAUCUGCUGAGGUUUACAGCAGAACGUAAAGAAGAUCUGCCCCCUAUGAGAUCUCUCAAUGCAAAGCUUUCCUGACAGGCCCAAGAGCUGCCACUAGGACAGCUUACAGGAAGAGAAUUGGAAGUGUCUCUGGAAAUACACCACCACAGUGCUCCAAAACGAUGCAGAUUAUGUAUCUUUCCUGCUGUUGAAAAUGCACCUUCUAAUCAUCAGACCCCUUUAAAGUGUUUUAUGUUGAACAUCCAAAAACUGAGGUAUACAAAGCUACUAGUCACUUUUUAAAAUCUUGACCUGUAUAGUUAAAAACAUAUAUUGAGCCCUGUCUCUUAGCCCUGAACACUUUAUAGAAUGGCAAUAUAUUGCCUGAAAUUCAAAGCUCCUUCCCUUCCAGCAAUAAUUAUCCUGUGAAUCUUCAGCACUCCACUUGUACUGUGAGGGUUGAUAGUCCCCAGCCUCUGUGUGACAGUCCUAUUUCACUCCUGAUACUUUGCAGCCUUCCAUUCUUCUUGCAGAAUUAAGAACAGUAGAGUGCAUGUUACACCUGAGAAUACAGCAAAAUAUCUGGUUUCAUAGUGUUUCUGUUAUUCUCCUAGAGCAGCACAAAUUUCCUGUCCUUUUCUCUCCAUAGUGUGUCUCACUGUCUUUCUAUUACACUAUGUUCCUUCUCUGUGGAAACAACAGACAGUGUAAAACAGUCUAGAAGACUUUUAGGACAAAGUUACAUUGGGUUCUUAUGCUAUAAAGCAAGUAUAACUUUAAACUAUAGUGGCAGUGAUGUUAUCAGUAAAGUCACAUAACAGUUUCCAUCCUAAACCUGUUUUAAGCCACUCAUAACUUUGUGAAAUUUACUUUUCAUGCUAAAAAAUUUCAAGCUUGGAAUUUGCCCUAAAAUGAAUUAUUGAGAAAAAAUUGAACAAAAACCAAUCAUUUGCGUAUGAGCAUAAUUUCAAUAUAUAUUUCCUAUUAAAAAAGUAUUUACAGUAAUUUUUGGACGGAUCUACUGUCAAAACAGCUAGGAUAGAAAUUUAAAAUUGAAGACUAAAAUAUAUCCAACUGAUAAGUACUUUUGGAUGUAGAGCUGGUUAGAAAAAAAAUUGACAAUUUUUUUUUGUUGAAAAAUGGAUCCCAUCAAAAUUGAAACGCUUCACAAAAUUGUGUAGCUCAUACCAAAGUUUUAUUGUAGAAAAAAGCUGCUAACAAUUCAAAAACAUCCUGUGUUGACAUUUUCAGUACAAAACAUUUCAGUGUAUCUCUUUGAAGUGACUUUGAUUUAAUUUUUAAAAUUUUGAAUAUACAUUUAUAUAAAAUUCGAAAAAUUUGAAACUGAAACAAAUAUUUUGAUUUUAUCAAAGCAAAACAUUUCAAUAGAGAAGGAUCUCUUUUUUUAUUUUAUUUCAGAAAAUUUCAGGAUUUUCAGGUUUUGUUUCAAACUAGAGUAAAAACAAGUGUCUCACAAUCUGCCGUGAAAUGGAAUAUUUGUUCUCCACUGAGCUCUAUUUGGAUGUAUCAUUUCCUGUGUAUUUUUCUGUACUCUGUAUUCUGGCAUACCCAAAGUAGUAGCAAGAAGUUAUAAUUGUAUCUAAGUUUGUAGAAUUGUAUUAUAUUUUAAUGAGGAAAUAGUAUGUGUUAUUUAAUUUAGACAACAUAAUGAAUAUGCACAAAGUGACAGACCUAAAAAUUGUAUUAAAAACAUCAAUGAUGGCAUGUCCAUGCGUGCUUAACUUUGAAAUUUAACAUUCUUCUAACUUAGUUCUUUGUUUGGAAUAAAUGAUGGUUUACAUAGCAUCACUGUGGUAAAUGUAUAUCUGAAUAGAGAUACUGUGUAGUUCUUA